AUGAGUACCCCUGCCGUCCUUGGGAGCAAGAUCCCCAUCGAAUAUGCUUCAGAGAAACUGGAAGUCGACUACGAGAACUCAUACGAUGGAUCCACUGAGCUGGACCCUGUUGCCGUUGGCAAAUUGAGAAGAAAGAUUGACUGGCACUUAAUCCCUCUCAUCGCCGUCCUCUACCUCUGCUCCUUCCUCGAUCGUGUCAACAUCGGUAACGCCAAGGUCGCCGGUAUUACAAACGACAUCAGCUUGACCGCCUCAGAGUACAACUGGGCCCUGUCCAUCUUCUUCAUCGGAUAUGUUCUUUUCGAGAUCCCUUCCAACAUUCUGCUCAAGCUGGUGGGACCCAGGAAGUGGAUUUGCGUUAUCAUGGUAUUCUGGGGUGGUAUUAUGAUGGCCAUGGCUGCUGUGAAGACCCCCGCUGGAUUGCUGGCUGCGCGUUUCUUCCUAGGUCUGACCGAGUCGGGCUUGUUCCCUGGUUCCGUCUACUUGAUCUCGCUCUGGUACACUCGUUCUGAACUGGCCCUUCGCAACGGAUUGUUCUUCAGUACCGCUACUAUGGCCGGAGCCUUUGGCGGUGUCCUUGCCUAUGGAAUUGCCCGGAUGGAGGGUGUCGCUGGACUUCACGGUUGGCAGUGGAUUUUCAUUUUGGAGGGUUUGCCCACGGUCCUUUUGACAGUUGUCGUCUACUUCUUCCUGCCUGAUUUCCCCUCGACCGCCCCUUUCCUGAACGCCGAGGAGAAGGACUUGGCUGUCCGUAGACUGCUCAUUGAUGCUGGCCCAGCUACCGAAACCGCCUUCUCGUGGAGACAGUUCCGCGCCGUCUUUGUUGACUGGAAGGUCUACAUGCACAUGAUUACCUACAUCCUCAACGCCACCCCUCUCUACUCCCUCUCGCUCUUCUUGCCCUCCAUCGUCCAAGGCUUCAAGUUCAACGCCCUCACUACCCAGGCCAUGACAGCACCCGCAUACGUUAUUGCCUGCAUCUUCACCAUCAUCUUUGCAUUCAGCUCGGACCGCUUCCGUGAACGUGGAAUCCACUACGCCUUCCCCACCUUCAUUGGAGGCAUUGGAUACGUUCUCUUGAUCGUCACCAAGAACUCACCCACCAUCAACCGCUAUGUCAGUUUGACCGUCACUGCAUCUGGUGUCUUCGCCUCCGUCCCCGCCAUGCUUUCGUGGUUCACGACCAACAUUGGAGGUCAUACCAAGCGCGGAGUCGCCACGGCUGCUAUUAUCUCGUUCGGAAACAUCGGAGGAGCCAUUGGCGGCCAGAUCUACAGAGCCGAAGAUGCUGCUAAUGGAUAUGUUAGAGGCCAUGCCGUUUGUGCUGGCAUGAUGUUUAUCUCGUCGAUCCUCAUUAUGGUCAUGAAGUACUUCCUUAUCCGCGAAAACAAGCGUAGGGAUAACCUUACUCCUGAAGCUUAUGCCAAGGAGGCCGCCAAGGAGGAGCCUUGCGACAACCACCCUGGCUUCAGAUACUUUUCCUAA